UUUUCGAGCUGUGAGCUCGCGGAGACACGCGGAACGAAGAGGCGCGGCGGAGCAACGACUUUAAAACGAGGUUGUUUUUUUAAGAUUAAACUUACAUCGAUAUUUACCCGCUGACGAAAUAGAGAAACACAGUUCAUGUGAAGAGACGGAGACUUUCAACACUUUUGAAAGUUGACAGAAGAUUUACACCGAGUUGUUUGUGUGAUUGUCACAGUGUGUGUAUGAGCGUCAGUGUGUAUGUAUGUAUGAGGGAGUAAGUGAGUGAGUUUGUGUGUAUGUAUGUAUGUAUGUAUGUGCAGAGAUGAAGAUAGAGUUUGCACCUCUGCAUGUUCCUCUGCGCAGGCGUCUGCAGACAGCUGCAGUCGUGCAGUGGGUCUUCAGCUUCUUGGCUCUGGCUCAGGUCUGCCUGGCUGCGUUUGUCCUCUUGUGCCUCAGUGAUUGGUGGAUUGUGGGAGUGCUGUAUGCUGGUUGGCUGUACCUGGACAGGGACACGCCCUUAUGUGGAGGUCGGAGGUCACAGUGGGUCAGAAGUUGGAGCGUGUGGACGUAUUUCAGAGAUUAUUUCCCCAUCACACUGAUAAAAACCGUGGACUUGGAUCCGUGUCAUAAUUAUCUGUUUGGCUUUCAUCCUCACGGCGUGCUGGUGGCAGGGGGAUUUGGCAGCUUCUGCACGCAAGCGUCCGGAUUCUCGCAGAUGUUCCCCGGCCUCACGCCGUAUCUGCUCAUGCUUCCCUUCUGGUUCAGAGUUCCGUUCUUCAGAGAUUACAUCAUGUGUGGAGGGUUGGUGUCGAGCGAGAAGGCCAGUGCCAGUUACCUGUUGAGUCGUCCGGGCGGGGGUCACGCGGCGGUGGUGGCGGUGGGCGGCGCUCCGGAAUCUCUGGACGCACGGCCCGGAGCCUUAACCCUUCAGCUGCUGCAGAGGAAAGGCUUCAUCAAACUGGCUCUCAAACACGGAGCGUGGUUGGUUCCUGUCUUCUCAUUUGGAGAGAACGAGCUCUUCGAUCAGAUGGAGAAUCCCGCUGGCUCCACCCUAAGACGCCUUCAGGACCGCCUCCAGAGGACCAUGGGUGUGGCCUUGCCUCUCUUUCACGCCAGAGGUGUUUUCCAGUACAGUUUUGGUCUUCUUCCAUACAGGAAACCCAUAUACACCGUGGUUGGACGUCCCAUCCCUGUAGUUCAGAAUUCCUGUCCCAGUAAAGAGGACAUUGACACUCUUCACACUCUUUAUAUGGAGGGUCUGAUGCAGUUGUUUGAGGAAAAUAAAAAACACUACGGCAUUCCAGAAGACAAACAACUCAAAUUCAUCUGAACUGUGUGUGUGUGUGUGUGUGUGUGCGUGUGUGUGUGUGUGUGUGUGUGUGUUCGUUCGUUCGUUCGUUACAGUGUAAUCAGCAUGUUUAUGUUUAUUGAAUAAUUUGUGCUCACAGGAUCUGAGGUUAUGCUACUGUAGUGUACAACCAGAGAGUAACUUUCACAUUCAGAUGUCAUUCCUAUGAAAUCUUUUUAUUUUCAGUCAGAUGUGUUUUGAAAUGUGGUCUUAAUAAUGUUUGUUUUAAUGCAUUGGGCUUUGCAGUGAAUGAUGCUUUGAAUGAUGAUCAGCUGUAAUAGGAUUUCAUUGAUGUAUUUACCUUGGACCAUUUAAAUCUGUGUCCAGAAAUGGGAAUAGGAAAAUAGGAAUAUCAGAAUAGGAAAAUAAACUGGAAAUUUGUUUACAA